AUGCCGGCCGACGAGUCCCCGAACGAUGACAACGAGCAACUGCGCCAGACGUACAACUUUGCGCCGGGUUAUCACGGCCUCAUCUACCGCGCCCAUACCACCGCUCGCGGGCACGAAAACGACGAGGCGGACGAUGCGGACGAUGCGGCCGAUGCGGAAUCUCAGGACCAUGAGAGAGGGCCGUCUCCGAAAAAGGCCAAGCUCUCCCAUGGCUCCCAAGCCCAAGUUGAUGGCCGUGCAACGGAAGAGACCAAGUACAAGAUUCAGGCUGCUCGGUGGGGUCUCGUUCCCUUCUGGACAAAGCGGCCGCCAGACUACGGUAGUCAGAUGCGAACGAUCAACUGUCGCGACGACAGCCUCAUCGAGAAUCGCGGCAUGUGGAACACCAUGAAGCAACGGAAACGCUGCGUGGUCGUGGCCGAAGGCUUCUACGAGUGGCUAAAGAAGAACAAUGGGAAGGAAAAGAUUCCUCAUUUCACAAAGCGCAAAGACGGUCAGCUCAUGUGCUUUGCGGGACUCUGGGACAUGGUCCAGUACGAAGGCAGUGAUGAGAAGCUUUACACGUACACUGUGAUUACCACAGAUUCAAAUCAGCAACUCAAAUUCCUCCACGACAGAAUGCCGGUCAUCAUGGAGCCUGGGAGCGAUGAAAUGAAGGCUUGGCUCGAUCCAGCCAAUGUCGGUUGGUCCAAAGAGCUCCAAAACAUUCUGAAGCCUUACCAAGGCGAGCUUGAGUGCUACCCCGUGGACAAAGCCGUAGGAAAGGUCGGGAAUAACAGUCCCUCCUUUGUCGUUCCCAUAGAUUCCAAGGAGAACAAGAAGAACAUUGCCAACUUCUUUGGUACUCAGAGAGCAACGGCGAAGGAUGUCGCUGCGAAGAAUGAGGCUACGAAAAUUGAUGAAGAUUCUGGAGUGGGGAUUGACAGCAAAGAGGAGCGGCAGACUACGACGAAGCUCGAAAACUCAGAAGGCAACGCACCCUUGCCGAAACCUGAAGGCGAGUCUGAAGAGGAACUAUCCCAGCGCAUCAAGAAAGAGAGUGCUGAACUUGGGGACUCUGACAUUAUCCGAGCAGCUGACGAGCAGGUCGAGAAGGGCAUCAAGAGAGAAAUCGAUGAGGUCGAGGACGAGGAUCUCAUCAAAGCGGCCGAAGGUCCAGCAAAGAAGAUCGUCAAGCUUGAAAGACCAACGCCAUCGCCGAACAAGAGCUCAUCGCCAGAUACGAAGUUGACCGGCAGCCAGAAAACACGAAGUGCGACUUCGAAUAAUUCCAUCCUGAAGUCCCCAACGAAAGGGGGCAACGCAAAGAUUACCAGCUUCUUUGGAGGGAAGUGA